AUGAUUACUGAUUGGCUGAUUAGUGACUCAAUGAUUGUUGAUCAGUAUUCCAUUCACGUGACGAGUUGCUUAUACGGGACCCAGGGAUCCGACAUGCGCCUUUGCAUACCAAUCCAUCAUCCAGAGCCAGACCCUCCUACAACUUCGUUUCCAGAAGAGUUUCGACCCGUAAUCAGCAAGACGACGAAUCAAUCAACAACCGACAGCGCCGUUUUUCUACGAAUUUAUUGCUUCCGGGCAACAUUUUGA